AUGUCGAAUACUUUAGAUACUCCUCUCUUUGAUCUUAUCCAUGCUCCGAUCGACAUCUCGCAAUGGGAAUUGAAGGCACUUCUAAAGAAAGUCUACUCGAUUGUACCAAGGCAUGGUAUAUCUCCAAUGAUGAUUGCUCCAUUUAUUGACUUUCUUUGUACUACACAAUUAAUCUCGACAGCUACAAAAAUUUCGUUAAUCGAACAGUAUUUGAUACCGAAUGGGUACCUCGGUAGAGAUGUGGUUGCCACAAUAUUUAAACACCUGGGUACACCAACCAUAUAUACAGAAAAAACUAAUAAAAUACCUGUAAAGUAUGUUCAGAUUGCAUUGUGCAGAUGGUUGGUUCACGUUUAUUUUUUAUUGCCUGAAACACAGGAUGAAUUGACACUCUCAACAUGGUUACAGCUAUGGCAAUUUGAUUACCUUCAAAAAUGGAUAACUUUUAUAAUAGUUUGGAGCACUCGAAGUAAUUUAGAUAUUAAGACCUGGAAAGUUAAUCUAUUACUGAAAAUAGCUAAAAAUAAUGGGUACGUCAAUUCGAGAACAAAUUCAACAUUGAUUCUACGAAAAUAUUUGACUGUGCUGAAUCAUUCCAUCAAAGUAUCAAAUACUAUGGAUGAAAUAAAUUGUUCUGAGUCUGAUUUAAAAGAACUACAAGAUUUGCAAUGGAAUUUUGAAUUUAUAAAGACCUUAAAAAUUGUUCUCAAUAGGGAGUCCUCCUUCAAAUUUAAUAAUUCUAUUGUAGAUGAUAAACUGGAUGAAUUGGUAUCCCAAUUGAGAACAUCCGAGGUGAAUUCCAGAAAAUUGAAUUUCCUUGGUACAAUGCCAGAAGACAAAUCAAUAUUAUCUGAGACUAAAACAAUUGUACAGUUAUACAAAAAUUGGAAUUACCUAAAAUUGCCUAAGAAUGUAGAACUUGUAAUAACUGACAAUCAAUAUUCGAUACCUCAGUUGUUCCCAUUGGUACUUUCCCAUUUGGAAUUAUCACUGGAAAAUAAAGCUGUUGAAGAAUUUUGGAUAAGGAUGUAUAGCUACUUAAAGAUCCAUUUGGGUAGAUGUUUCUAUGAGAAACAACUCACUGCAAAAGAACGAGCAGCAUUGUUUAACACAAUCAUCCAAUGUUGUGUUAUUUAUAAUAGAUUUAUUCCUGGUAUAAUUAAUGAUUUCUUAACUCUACCUAAUUUAUUUUCUAGUAAGGAUCUGUUCAUGACAAUUUGCAUGAGGUUAUUACCUAUAAUGCCUCCACCAGAAAACCAACCUAAAUUUAAAAAUAAAAUACUAAAAGUUCUGGCCAUCUGUCUCCUAACAAAACAAAAAUUGGAUUCGAAAAGUGAUCGAGGCUCCUUAUAUAAAUCUACAUUCGGGAUUACAUGUUAUGUGAUAGUACAGAUGAUACAGAAUUGGUUACUCCAUACGCAAGAAGAUACAAUAAUAUUAUACGCUUUAGAGCUUCUUGGUGAUAUACGGAAGUUGCUCUUAUCAAAUAUGACGCAUUCUCUUUCAGACAGAAAUAUCACAAUGUCUUCAAUCAUGUUGAUAGAGGCUCAAUCCUCUUUCAUUGAGUAUUAUCAAAAAAUUCGUAAACCGGGGCAGAGAAGUGUUACUAUAAUUGAUAAAGUAAUUUUCAAAAAUAAUGUAAUGGAUAAGUUAUUGACAUUGGAUGAUUCAUUAAUGAUAAACCAUUGUUGUUCUUACUUUAUUACAGCGAACAGGUUCAUUAAAGAUAGUCCGGCACCAAAUGUUUAUGUUCAAUUAUACAACCAAUAUAUUAUGGAUUUGACUAACUAUUUAUGGAGGAGUAGAGUUGCUGAUUCGAAAAAUCUUUUUGGGAUUCCAACUGAUUUUAUAAAAAGUAUCUAUGAAAACUUGGUAGGAGGCAAAAACAGUGAAUUGAAAUUGAAAUACUUGUUCAGUAUUAAGGGUAUUCCAGCAAUAUCAUCUGUUAUAACAUUAUUAUUGAGAAGAAUCGAACAAAGAAAUCAGUGUACUAUUCAGUAUUUAUAUCCGAUAACAGAAGAUGGUUUUCGUAAAUUUCAAAAGGAUUUUUCUGAGGGAGAAAAUACUUUACAAAAAAAAUGGGUUCCUGAAAUUAAUACAUUUAAUGAUUUUAAUGUUUUAUUACUGGAAGAACUUUCAAGAAUGAAACAAUACCAGUCUCUUGUUCGUUUCUUAACGGUAUAUAUGAAGAGUUUAUCUCAUAUUCACGUAUAUCCAUGA